AUGAAGGUCGGUUUUCAGUUUCUGGUGGGUAGGAUCGGGCGGUUUUUGAAGCAAGGUCGUUAUGGUAAGCGUGUUGGAAGAAGAGCUCCUGUUUACCUAGAAGUUGUUCUCGAGUAUCUUGCAGAUGAGGUUCUUGAGUUGGCUGGGAAUGCGACAACAAAUAACAAGAAGAAUUCAAAUCACCAGGCAUUUCUUCUAUUUCUAAAGGAGGAGCUUCAGCUGUUACAAUACUUCACAAAAAGCUUUUUAGCAAAGAGGGAAUCCGAAUUAUUAUCAGUAAAAAAUGAAUUGGGUAAUGCGGAGAAAAAUGUAAAAGGUCUUGAGAUGAUGAAGGAAGAGCUUAAAACAGAAAUACCGGCAUCAAAGCUAAUAGAAUCGGAGGCAAAGCAGAAGUUAUUGGAAGUUUCAAAGAAGGGUCGGAAGAAGAAGAACUCGGAGAAACAGAAAGAGAACAACCGAAUUGGAGUAGCAGUGGGCAGUGACGGCUGCUUCUGCUGCUUUAGACCAUUGGUCAUCAUCAAACCAUCAUACGAUUUUCUGCUUUUCAGUGGAGAUAUAUAUCUGUUUGCCAAUCUUGAAGGUGAAAUUGAUCUCAUUAUCUUUGCCAUUGUGGUAGUAACAGCAGCAGAUGAAAAUUUAGAUGAUGAUGAUGGCUUGAGAGAAUUCUUGCCCAUGUUUAUGGAAGGUCUUGUGGGGGAGAUAGAGAGUGGUGGGCUUCUUAUCUUAGCCGUUUUCUUGAUCAAGAUGAAGAUGAAUCAAACUUGUAAUGUUUAUCAACAGGAACUGAAACAUCCCGAGUACAACUCAAUCCCUUGGGUAGGAUUACCAGAUCGUCGACGCCAAAUUCCACCACCUUUGUUUCCGGCGACCCUUUUGGACUGCGACCAUAUCCAGGGUAUUCAACUUAUUAUUGAUCAUGAAAAUCAAGUUGAAACUGUUGAGGAUGAUUCUCUUAUAAUCGCCGAAAUAAAGGAGAUUUGUCGAUACGAUUCAUCAAUACAAAAGAAAUGCUAA